CUCCGGUCUCACACACGUUCCACGAUCGAUUCAACGCACGAAAGUUCACAACGUUUACGGGCAACGCAAACUUGACGCAGGAAACUUCUAUAAGUAGGGUAGGUUUCCCUUUGUCUCUCCUCAAGCAGAGAGAGAGAAAAGACGAGAAGAAGAAGAGAGAGAAGAAGAAAGGGCGAGUUGAGAAUACAGACUUCUAUUACGAGACACUAGAGACGAGAGAAAGAAAUGGCUUCUUCUUCUUCUUCUUUCAUGGGAUUGAUUGUAGUUGUUGUUGUAGCAGCUUUGCUUCAGUGCACUGCGGCGGCGACCUACACGGUCGGUGACACCACCGGAUGGACGAUCCCCUCAGGAGGUGCUCAAUUCUACCCCAAUUGGGCAGGCGGCAAGACGUUUGUCGUUGGCGACGUUCUCUCCUUCAAUUUCAGCCCUCAAAGCCACGAUGUCGCCACGGUGACGAAGGCACAGUACGAUGCCUGCACUGUGCCCUCCGAGGGUAAUAUCAUAAGGACAAGCCCGGCAAACAUCACUCUCAGCACUGCUGGCAAUCACUACUACAUCUGCACAUUCUCUGGGCACUGUUCCGCCGGACAAAAGCUAACUGUCAACGUUGUCUCCUCGAGCACUGGCACCCCAACAACCCCCACCGUCUCAGCCGGCGGACCUUCACCACCACCCACAUCAGGCGACUCCACACCCCCCAACGCUGCCCCGUCUCUUGUCGCCGGUUUUGGCACUGCAGGUGUUGUUGCCGCCGUCUUCUCCGCCUUCUUCCUUUAGAUGAGUCAUUGCCAUGACUGCCUGAUUUUAUUUUUUUUAUCUUGUAAUUUUAUUAUUUUUUUUUUUUAAGUACAGUGGCCCAUCUGUGGGGGCCUUGGACUUGAGUGAUUCAUUUCUGUUUUACAGUGGCAUAAAACAUACAUGUCUUUAGUCAGACUCGUUAAUAAAAUUAUAUCAUUCUUAUGA